UCCGACCCCGGACCAAGAUGAUGAGCUGCAGCCUCCUGAACAGUUCCAACAAGCCGGUACCCCUGCGCAGCGGCUCGGUGACGGUGCUGAUCCGAGGCUUCGUGGCAGACGUGGGCUGUGAGCUGCUGUACAGGAACGAGGAGCCGGGGCCAGUGGAGGCCGUGUUCGUGUUCCCCGUGGACGCCGAGGCGGCCAUCUACGCCUUCCAGGCCCGCCUGGGGGGCGCCUGCAUCGAGGCCCAGCUCCACGAGAAGAAAGAGGCACAAGAGCUGUACGGGGACGCGCUUGCCGGGGGACAGAGCUCGUUCUUGCUGCAGCAGGAGGGGGCCGGGGGUGACAUUUUCAGCUGCUCCCUGGGUAACCUGCCCCCUGGGGAGGAGGCGGCGCUGACCCUACGCUACGUCUGCGAGCUGCCGCUGGAGCCCGAUGGAGCCGCCCGCUACAUGCUGCCCGCCGUGCUGCGCCCCCGCUACACGCCCCAUGAUCACCCUGCCACUUUAGCCUGCCUGGUCGUCCCCCAAAUCCCCACUGCGCACCCUACAGUGUCACUGGCUGAGGCCCCCCCGUGGGACCGAGACGUGGAGCUGCUGGUGUAUUACACGGAGCCGCACAAACCCAGCGCGGUGCUGGAGGUCGGGUUGCCUGGAGCAGAGCCAGGCUCCCUGAUGGGUGACCCGGCCGUGAUGGUGACCCUGCUACCCAGCCUGCCCGAGGCUAUACCAGGCCAGAGCUCGGCCGGGGAGUUCAUCUUCCUACUGGACCGCUCCAGCAGCAUGGGGUGCCCCAUGGACGGCUGAGACCGCUCCCCCCAGCGCAUCGACAGCGCCAAGAAGACCCUGGUCCUGCUGUUGAAGAGUUUGCCCCUGGGCUGUUAUUUCAACAUCUACGGCUUUGGGUCUCGGUUCGAGUCCUUCUACCGGCAGAGCGUGGGAUACACCCAACAGACCAUGGCCAAGUCCCUGCAGCGCGUCAGGCAGCUCCAGGCCGACCUGGGGGGCACCGAGAUCUUGGCACCACUACGAUCCAUUUACCGCAGCCCCUGCCGAGAUGGGCACCCACGCCAGCUGUUCGUGUUCACGGACGGGGAGGUGGGGAACACCCAGGACGUCAUCGCUGAGGUGCAGCGUUACCGGGGGGCCCACAGGUGGUUCUCCUUCGGCAUCGGGGAAGGGGCCUCCACGGCUCUGGUCAAAGGCAUCGCCCGGGCAGCAGGUGGCAGCGCCGAGUUCAUCACAGGCCAGGACCGCAUGCAGCCCAAGGCGCUGCAGUCUCUGAAGCGGGCCCUGCAGCUGGCAGUGACUGGGAUCUCGCUGAGCUGGGAUCUGCCCCCCGGGAUGGAGGCAGCGCUGCUGGGCCGGGGCCCUGAGGUGAUCUUCCCUGGGCAGCGGUGCCUCAUCUACGCCCAGCUCCGUGGGCAGCACCAGCCCCCAGACACUGCCAUGGGGGGCGUCAUCCUGCAGUACCGCAUCCAGGACCAGACCUACAAGGAGACGCUGCAGUUCCCCCUGCAGCCACAGGAUGGAGACAGGCUGCCCGUUCACCGGCUGGCAGCCAAGUCGCUGCUCCUGGAGCUGGAGGGGACCAUGGACACCGGGUCGGAGGGGGACCGGCGCCGGGCGCUGGAGACCAGCCUGAGCUCGGGGGUCGUCUGCUCCCUCACGGCCUACGUGGGGGUGGACAUGGAGCGGAGGCAGCCAGCGCAGGGGCCGCUGGUGAGACAGGACAUCCCACUGAUAGGCUUCGGGGCCACACCCCACAUGCGGAAGAUGCGGUGUUUUGUCACCGCGAACUCCAGCGCCCCCAUGGCCAUGUACUGUUCCGCCUCUGUGCCCAUGGCCUGGACCCAAGGGUUCUCCGGUGUGUCCGUGGGCUGUGCCAUGGCCUGUGACUUUGACGACAGCUCGGAUGUGCCAGAGCGGGCACCGGAGGAGUUUCCCCUGCUGAGGCUGGUGUCUCUGCAGAAUGCCGACGGCUCGUGGGACCUGGACCCCCGGCUGGCCGCUGCGCUGGGGGUGAGCAAGACGGAUGCCAGGGUGAGAAUACCCAGGAAGGACGUGGCCCCCGGCGUCUGGGCCACGGUGCUGGCCGUGGUCUGGCUGCACGGCCGGGCCGCAGGGCAGCGCGACGAGUGGGAGCUGCUGGAGGCCAAGGCUGUAGGCUGGGUGCGGGGCCAAGCAGGGCCCUGGCUGAGCGAAUGCUUGGAAGCCGCCAACACCCUGCUGGGCUGCAGCGUUGGCCCUACUGUCUUCGGGUUCUGAGCCCCCCCCCCUCCCGCCCAAUCCCUGUACCCCCCCUCGCAAGCUACCCUGGGCCUCCAGCCCAGCUGAGCCCCCCCCCAAGCUAUCCUGGGCCUCCAGCCCCGCUGAGCCCCCCCCCGCCCCCCGGAUCCUAAAUUAAGAGCAGCCAAUUGGUUUGUAUAAGUUUAACGAGAACAGUUUAAAUUGACCCUGUAACUUACAGCGGAGGAAGGUCGUUGUGCAGACAGGCCCUUGGUGCUGUGGGCGGAGACUCUCUGCCAGCCCCUCGCUGGAAUAAAGCAGUUCCCUGGGUUUGUCUGCCUGGCUUUGGCUGGGGUCCUGGGGCACUGCGCUCCCCACAACUGCCCAGGGCACUGUUUUCCCAGCAGGGUCAGGGACCGCCUGCCCUGAACAGGUGGAUUAGCUCCCAGCUCCGGCUUUCUGGUGGGGUAGAGCAGCUGGACCCAGACAUUGGGGUGUCUGGCUGGGGCCGGGAGGAGCCCCGGGGAGCGGGGAGCAUGUGGGGUGCAGGUGGCAGACACGGGGCAUGGGCCCAGGGCAGGGUUUAGCAGGACGUUUUAGCUCUGGGCCUGUGCGGGUCCCUCACACCCCCUCACUGGUCUCUGCUCCACCAGGAGAAUGAGUAGCCAGGCCUGGAAAAUUUGUCCCUGCUUGGCUGCCGUUGGGACACAUGAUUCCCAUUCAGAUACCUGGGAACCGGGCGUCCAGCCCCCCCCCCAGCAGCUUGGGAACCCCCGGCCCUGCCUGGAGCGAGGACACAGCAGAGCUGUAAUGGGACAGGGAAGCAGCAAACACUUUCCCCCUGCUCACACAGCCCCCCCCACCCCCCACCCCUCCCGCACGCGCUUUGCAAGGCUGCUCCCGUCUAUGAGCUGACGCUGACAGUCGUGUGGGCUCCGGCAGCCAAAUGUCUUGUGCUGAGCCCCAGCAGCCCCGGUGCCAGGCCCUGCUGCUGCCAGCCCAGGGCAUUGAAAUUGGAAGGAAGAAUUCUAGAGAGAAAAGACUGGGGGAGAUUUUCCAUGCCCAGGUGGCAGCCGGGUGUCCAGCUCCCCCGGACAGUCUAGAGAGACGCAGGUUGUUAUCCUGAUGUGUAACAGCGAUAAACCCAGGGGAGCUGGUGCCCAGCCCAGGCCUAGGGGUGGGCCAAACCCGCACCUCUGAGCCCAGGAGCUGGGUGCAGGCAGACAGAAUCCAGGCUCUUUGUAGGUCGCCAGGCAGAAAGCUCCAUGAAGGUGAAGUUCAAGGUGAAGGGUGGUGCUUGUGCCUUUGGGGUAUGAAAUAUCCCAUGGCUGGUGCCGGGAUCCCCACAGCACAUGUUGCACACCCCAGAGACUCCCCGUCCCCGUGACCCUGAAAAGAAAUACAAACCCAUUCAGCCAGGAAAUGCAGAGCAUGGUCCCCAGAUGCCCUUAACUCUGCCCGGGGCCGGCACAGGAUCUUACAAUUCUAACAGAGGUGCCCAACUCCCACUUCUGGCUCUGCCGUCCAACGUUCGGGCUUCCACGGCAUUUCCCAACCCUGCUCAGCUGCUGCUGAGCCCUGCGAGCUCCUGACUGUUCGCUGCCAGGGUCCCUACAGCCCUGCCCAUGACCCCAGGCCCUGCACCUCCGGCGGGUGCCCAGGCUCUCCGCCCCAGGGGAGGCUCCAAGCAGCUGUCACAAGGCCGGAUCCACUGCCUGUGCUCUGAGCUCCAGCUGGCUCCUUAUGGCUUUUACCCCAGAGCUUAGAGCAGUCGCCCCAGUUCAGCUCCCCCGCGCCGGAUGGAGAGAGAGGCCAGGAGCGUGGGUCUCUCACUGGGCUGCAGCACCCGAACCCAGAGCUCCAGGGGAGGCUCCAGCUGGAGCUGUUCUUCUCUGGAUCAAUAACUCACUAGUCGGGGGAGCCGGGGAUCCUGCUCUUUGCCCCCCAGGGAGCUCUGCAGCCUCCGGAGUCGCUCGCUCGCUCUCUGGCCCAACAGCUCCCCUUACCCAUUCCUCAUGGCAGCUCCAGGAGCGACACUCACAGUGUGGUCAGCGUGCUCUCCUGCAGGGGGGAGCCCAGGUUCAAAUCCCGUCUCCCGGGCAGGCGGAGGGGGAUGGACCUGGGUCUCCCACAGCCAGGUGGGUGAGGAAUCAUAUGGAUCUACCCCCUCCUCCCCUGGCUUUCCUGGCAUGGCGCCGAACUCCAGGACGGUGUUCCGGCUUCGGGGACUAAAUCCCAGUGUUACCAGAUUUGCCUGUUACUUUGGGGAACGCUCAUUUAUUAGUGUUACUUUUUGUGGGGGUAGGAGGUGUUUCUGUAAUUAUAUCAGUGUUCUGCUUGUG